GGAAGAGCAGAGGUUAAAAAUACACGGACAGAGAAGUGAUGGACUCGGCAGAUGAGAACUCCGGUACAAACACAAACGGUGCUUAUCCGGUACGAUGCAGUGAGGAAGUACUUCUCCCUUUCUUCACAGAUGAGAGCCUGCAGGCCGCCAUGAACUUCCAACGCUCGCCUGCUUCCCCCGAUGUCCCACCUAUGGUUCCAGAACUUAGACUUGUCCUCUUGGGAAGAAAAGGAACUGGGAAGAGCGCAGCAGGAAACACCAUCCUGGGAGGUGUCGGUGGGUUUGAGAGCGGUAAACCCACUGAGGAGUGUGUGAAAAGGCGAGCUGACGUCGCCGGGAGAAAAGUAACAGUUGUAGACACACCUGGAUGGGAGUGGUACUACCCACUGAACAGCACCCCCAAUUGGGUGAGGAGAGAAACCUUACGGAGUGUGACCCUCUGUCCUCCUGGGCCACACACUGUGCUCCUGGUUGUACGAUCCUGUGCUUCUGUCACAAAUAACUACAUCAAGGAGAUAGAGGAGCACUUGGAGCCGCUGGGGAAAGAUGUGUGGGAACAUACCUUGGUGCUUUUCACCAGGGGCGACGAGCUGGGCCUGGUGACCAUGGAGCAGCGAAUCCUGACGAGUGGCUCGGGACUCCAAAGGCUCCUCCAGAAGUGUGCCAACAGAUACCACGUUGUGAAUAACCACAACAAAGGAGAUGGGACACAAGUCAGUGAGCUUAUACGGAAGCUGGAGGCGAUGGUGGACAGGAAGAACAGAAAGAGUCAUCUCGAGUUGGAUCAUACUGUCCUGUCGGGCGUGGAGGUGGAAGGAAAGAGGAGAGCUAGGGAGAGAAGAAAGAAGCAGAGGCAGAUGGAGGAGCAGGUGCAGAGAGGAACCAUCAAAGCUGCUCUCAUGAGUGACGGCCCUCAAGGUUCUGAGCUCGACGCACACCGAUCCUUCUCCAAGGCUUCUCGACGGCUUCCCGAAGUCAGACUGGUUUUCCUGGGCGAGAGAGAAACUGGGAAGAGUUCUGCUGGGAACGCCAUCCUUGGAAAGACAAGCUUUUUCAGCUCAGGAGCAGUGACGGAGGAGUGCAUCCGUCAGCAGGCGGAAGUGGCCAUGAGACUGGUGACGGUAGUGGACACGCCAGGCUGGGAGGGGGGAGUGGCUGGAGCCACACCAGAGAGGGUCAAAAGAGAGAUCAUGUGUAGCGUGGCAUUGUGUCCACCCGGGCCUCAUGCUCUGCUGCUGACUUUGAGGGUAGACACUCUGGUAAAGGCAGGACAUGUGAGGGAACAUCUGGAACUUCUUGGAGAGGGCGUCUGGAGGCACACCAUUUUACUCUUCACCCACGGAGAUCAGCUUCGAGAGGGGGUGGACAUCAAGCAGCACAUCCAGAGUGGAGGCAAGGACCUGCAAGGGCUGUUGGAGAAAUGCAGGGGGAGGUACCACGUGAUCAGCAGCAGAGACGGAGGAGGAAGGGGAGGCGAAGGCUCCACGACAGUGACAGAGCUCUUGGAGAAAGUGGAAAAGAUGGCAACGAUGAACAGAUGCGAAGCCUUUUCUAGUCUGGUACAAGAAGUCAGGGACUUAAGUCAACAAAGGAACAAAAAGUUCAACCAGCGGCUGAAGGAGAUGGGAGACAAGGUGCUUCGUCAGGAGACGGAGUUGAAGAAAAUGAGAGAGAGGGAGGUGAAGAGCAUCAGAUGGUUCUUUGACAGAAAGAAGAAGGUGAAAUCACCAGGGAAAGCCGAUGUUCAAAGAGAAGAAGAGGAGGAUGAGGACAGGAGGGUUGGGGAAAUGAGGAAUGACAUGGGUGAGCUGGAGGAGAGGAUGAGAUGGCUGACAGAAGACAGAGAGAGGGAGAUUCAGGACUUAAGCCUAGAAAAUGAGAGGAUCCACAUUGUACUAAACCAAAGUCAGCAAGAGAAGUACGAGGUGGAGCAGAAACUGGAGCUGAAAGAGAGGGAGAUUGAGGAGCUGCACGAAAGAAACGAAGAGCAGCAGCUGAAGCUUCUGGAUCUGGAACACUCCUGUGCAGAAACCGAACAAGAGAAGAAACAAAGAGAGGACAAUAUGGAUGCACUAAAACAAGAAUGGAUGAAAGAACUGGAGAAAAUGGGAGAAACUAUAGAAAUGCUCAAGAAAGAGAAAAAAGUGGGGAUUGAAAAGCUUGAAUAUUUAAAUACAAACAUGAAGCAAAGUAAAAUACACUAUGAGGACAUCCUUGUUAGGAAAGAGCAAGAAAAAAACAAAGAGAUGGAGGAGAGGGAGGAGAAACUGAAAAGAGAGAUGGAAAUAAAGCUGCUUGAAAAGGAAAAACAGCUGGAAGGACUGAGUGUGCAAGCUGCGGAGGAAAAACAGACAGCUCUUAAAAACAUUAAACAACAGGAGAAAAUCAUGCAGAGCAAACUGGAAGAGCUAAAACUACAACAUAAAACAGAAACGGAAAUGCAAAAUAUAGCGAAAGAGGCUGAGAUAAAAGACAUAAAACUGCAGCAUGAAAAGGAGAUGGCCAGAAAAAUAUCUGCGAUGGAAAAACUCAUGGAGACGAUGAAAGUUCGGGAACAACAAGAAGCUGAGAAGAUGUUGAAAGAAAAAGCUGAGCAUAUAGAAGAGCUAAAGCAAAAGCAUGACAAAAAAAUUAAGAACAUGAAGCAAGAACAACAAAAACAGGUCGCUGAGUUAAAAGAGCAGUUUGCAAGAGAAAACACUGAACAAAUACAAGCAAAAAAUAGAGAAAUGGAAGAACUGAAACAUAUUUCAACUCAAAUGGAAGCUAAAAUGCUGGAAUAUGUAAAAGACAAAGAAACAAGCCGUCUUCAUCACAAGAAAGACAAGGAAGAACUUAAACAAGAGAAAGAAAACAUAGUUGAGGCCUUAAAAUUGAAGCAUCAGGAGGAGAUGAUGGCAACAAAAACAGAUGCAAUGGCAAAACUGAUGGAGGAACUAAAAGCUGAACACCAGAGGGAAGUUGAUAAAACUGUCAAACAAAAGGAAGAGGAGGUUGAAAAGGUCAAACACGAGUACAGGGAGAAACUUCACGUCUUGGAGCAAAAAAGAGUAAAAGAAAGCAAAGACCUGAAAGAACAGCUGCUCAAAGAAACAGAAGAACAACAGCAGAUAAGAGACUUAAAACAAAAGCUCUCUGCAGAAAUUGACGAAAUUAGGCUGGAGCAGACGAAUGUGCUGCAAGAGCUGCAACAGAAAGAUAAAGUGACGGAGAGAUUAAAGUGUGAACUUAAAGAUGAAGCUGAAAACAGGAAAAGAGAGAAAGAAAGACACGAGAAAGAGAUAGCAGAGAUGACAGAAAAAGAAACGAAUCUGUUAUAUGAGAUCAGAGCAAUGGAUCAGUUAGUGACAACAAAAGAAAAAGAAAUCGAGGACAUGAAAACAAGCGUUAAGGAAAUGAAGGAAGCGCUACAAGAAAAGGAAGAGAAAGAACUUUCUUAUCUGUGUCAACAAAAAAAGACCGAGCAAAAACUGGAGGAAGAAGAACUGAGAACUAAAGAAAUGAAGGAAAAGCUAAAAGAACUCGACCAACAGCUGCUGCAGACGAGAGAGGAACAAGAGCGAGUUGACUUUAACCACAAGAAGCAGAUGCAGCAAAUACUGCAAGAAAAUGGAAGGACGAUAGAGAAGCUAAACGACCAAAUAAAGGACAUCGAGGAGGUCCUGCAGAGAAGAGAAGAAGAGCGAGGGCUGAUCAUUCUGAACCAAAAGAAAGAGGCCGAGCAGCGGCUGCAGGACAUGGAGAGAAAGAUGGAGGACAUGAGACGACAACUUUUAGACGACGAGACAAAACUGAAAGAAAAGGAAACGGAGAUGGAAAGUCUUAAACAGCAGGCCGACUACAGAGAAAUGAGAUGGAAGGAGAAGCUGAGGAGCAAAGAGGAGAAAGACACACAGGAGGCGAACAAACUUUUGGAAAUCAUAGAUGAGAAAACUAAAGAAAUGGCAGAAGUGCAAAGUCUCCUUGCGCAGAGAGAAAGAGAAGUCGACGAGACACAAAGACGGUGUGCAAGCUACUUAAAGGACGUCAACGAGCUAAAAGAAAGCUACGAAAAGACACAGCAAAGUUACACAGAGCAAGAGAGGAAGACUGCAGCCGAAAUGACGCAACGACUUCACAAGAAAGAAGAAGAGCUGGAACGUUUGCAGCAGAAGGACAAAGAAAACGAGAAAGAGCUUGUCCAGCUGAGGCUGACCAUUGAGCAAACCAAGUCCGAGCUGAAACAGCUCACUGAAAAAAUGGAAAAGGAAACGACGAGCAUGAUUCAGGAGUACGAGAAAGAAAUCAAGAUUAGAAACGAGACUAUCGAAGACAAAGAUGUCCACGUAAGUCGCUUGGAAGAAGAAAAUCGGGAAAGCCAAAAAAGAGUGGAGGAGCUGCAGGAGCAACACGAGAAGAUGAAGAAACAGGUGGACAAUUUCAGAAUCAGGUGCGAGGAGAUGAGGAAGGAGUGUCAGGAAGAGGUUAGGGAACAUCUAAAGCAAUGUGAAGAUAAAGAUGUGGAGUUAAGAACCUUAAAAGAUGCCAGCAAUGAACUGCAAGCUGAGAUAGCAAGGCUUCAAGCCAGGGAAGAAAUGAGCAAGACUCAGACGGACGAGCUUAAAGAACGUUUUACAAAACAACUAAUGGAGCAAGAAAAUGACAAGGAUGAGGAAUCUUUCAAACAAGAAAAAUUAGCCAGAGACAAGGAGCAAACCCUGAGCAGAAAGGAUGCAGAGCUGAGCAAACGAGGAAACGACCUUGACGCAAAAGAGAAAGGCCUUCUUGAAACCGAAGUGAAGUUGGCGAGUAAAGAACAAGAGCUGCAAAAGCUACAGCUGAAUUUAGAGAUGAAACAAAAGGAGCAGGAGGAAAAAGACAAACUCAAGGAAGAUUUGAAGCUGAGAGAGCAGAGAAUCGAGACUAAGGAAAAGGAGCUCGACGCCAUAUUUCAGGUUCUGGAGGGCAAACAGAGAGAGCUGAGCUCUCAUGGCCAGGAUAUCCAGAAGAAGGUCAGAGGGCUGAAGGAUCAAGGCAAAGAGCUGAAGGACAGAGAGUGCUACUUGAAAAACGAAGAGCAGGAGUUACUCAGCUUGAAGUCAGAGCUCCUGAUGCACAAUGAGCACGUUAGCUGCACAACACAGCAGCUGGAUGGGAUGCGCCGGGAGAUGGCUUCUCUGAAGGAGGAACUGCACACCAAGGAGAAAAAACUCAAGGAGUCGCUCAAAAACCUGAACAAGUGGGAGCAGACUCUUCAAAAACGGGAGGAAGAGUUGGAUAAAAGGGAGAAACAUCCUGCAGCUUCUAAGGUGGAUGACAAAGAGUCAUUUUACCAGCAGAACUCAGAAGAUAAUGAGCAUUUGAUUCACCGAGAGGUCAGUGGGAGGAGGAAACAAGGAAAGGAGUCAAACGGAGAUGAUGGUUUAUCAGCUGUAGAGAGCUCAAUCAGCCAACUCAAAACAUUUAAAGAAACCAAUCCGGCUGAAGAAAACCUCGAGAUGAGAAAAGAAACAACAAUCAGACUGACAUCUCAUAGGCCUGAAACAUCCAACAACGAGGACUCUGGGUCAGAAUUGAGGGUGAUGGUGUUGGGAGAGACCUGGUCUUCUCGUUCCACAGCUGGAGUCAGCAUCUUGGGUGUAGAAGCAUCCAAAACUAACGAAUGCUUCAGGUCUUGGAGAGGUCAACUAGCCGGGAGGCGUCUGGUCGUCGCAGAGCCGCUCGGACUGAGGUGGCGAGACGGACCCGAUCCAACCAACGCAUCGCAGCGGAAGGGCAUCCUGGACGUCAUGUCCUGGUUCCAUUCGGGUGCCAAUGUCGUCCUGCUGCUCAUCCCCGCCUUCCUGACCUGCACACAGAGGUACAGACGAGCCGUAGAGGAGCACGUGGGCUUGCUCGGGGAGGAUGUCUGGAGACGCGCACUGGUGCUCUUCACGUGGGGAGAAACUCUAGGCGAGAGCGCCGAGCAGCACAUCCUGAGGAACGGGGAACUGAUGGGGCUCGUGGAGAGAUGUGGGGGCAGGUAUCAUGUGCUGACCAGCAAAAAGGACAACGCCACGAUCGAAGGACUGUUUGAGAAGAUGGAGGACAUUGUUGCUCUAAACAGCAGAUGA